UCCCGACAACUGUGCGCUAAGGAUUCGCCGAGAUAAUAUAGAAUGAUAUAUGGACGCGUGUGGUACGUUUAUCUCCGCCCUAUGUAUUCAAAUUUACUUUUCGUUUAGGAUAUUUAGUCGUGAAUUAUUAACUGAAUAAUAAACACUUCGCUGUAUUGAGACCAGCUUAUUAAUAUUUCGGUGUCCUUAAACUUAAACGAAGGAGUUUUCUAUUGGAUUUUCGGAUAUCAAAGUGUGAGUUUGUGAAUUUUCAACUCUGGUGUGCAAGUUGGUUUGAAAUAUUUCGGUGGCUAUAUUUGGAAGUAAAUGAAUUGUGCUCCUUAAUGAUAAAAUGUGGAUGCAUUGCUCAAGAUAGCGUUUGUAGCGUGUUAACUUGAGAUAACAGUGUGUGUGAUUUACCAUAAAUAUGUAACUAUCUUGAUAUGUACGAUUUUCUCUCAUACGUGAAAUUAAACAUGAAAAUUAAAUACAAUCUUUACCUAACAAUCAAAUCUGUAUACUGUAAACGAUACUAGAAAUUUGAAGCAAACCAAAGCCUAGACUUAAUCUAAUAAAUACAGUGACCAUAUAUGCAAUAUUGCAUGUUGACAAAUUGGAUUAUUAAUAAAAUAGGAUUAAUAAUUCAAUUAUACAGAUAAAAGCUUUAACAAACAUUUAUGUGGAUUAAAAUGCAUUGUGUGGACUAACCUAUGAAAGAUUUGGAUACACUGUUCGUGACCACAAUGGAUCGCCAAAGUGGCUUAGUGUCAAGGGGAAAUGUGAUUGAAGUUCUUGACGCCAACAACGUGGUCAACCUUGAGAUUAUACAGCAUCAGAAGGUGCAGCUGGUAUUGGAAAGAACUAGCAAUGCAGGGGAAGCAAUCACUGCUGAACUGUUUGACAGUACCUGCAGGAGUGAUGUCCCUUGCUCCAGUCUCCAACACACAGUGGAACACAGGAGGACACACAGUUUCCUCUCUUUAUCCGUGCAACCUGUGGAUGAGAAGUAUGGGUCUAUGGUCCUGGUUCUCUGGGUGCUUGUUUUUGUCCUGUCAAGCAUCUUACUCACAUGGAUGAUCAGAAAAUGGUGGAAACACAAACGGAAAGAUGACAGUCUGUUAUCAGAUGGCGGUAGACAUUUAACCCCAGAGAGUGCAGAUGAGAGCACACUUACAGAUGAAAAAGUGGUAACAUCUGGAAAACACUUACCAACAGAUUUUCAAGAUGAUCUCAAACCUACAUCCAUGUCACAUCACAAGAUGUUAAAAUCUACCAGGUUGAAAAAUCUCAAUACUCAGUCACCAAGAUGGCCGCUAUAUUUAGUGGCGUGUAGCCUGCUGUCAUGUUUGGUGACUCUAUUUGCACUGAGGGGUCAUCUCAACAUUGUGACAUCAGAUGAAGAGAUGGCAACUCUCAAGAUCUCAUUCCCGAAAGAAAAGCAUAUAAGGCACAUUCGGAGCUACUCCACUGACCCUGACCUUCACAACUACCAGAUCGCCACAGAAACCAGCUCCAACCUUGUCACUAGGCUACAGUUGCUAGACUUGUCACCAAGUUGUCGCAGUAACUUGACUGGUUGUCGUGUGCAUGCAUUGUGUGAGUCAGAGAAUGGACGCGUACAGUGUCGAUGUAACAGGGGCUACUAUCUGAAGGACCUUUCAUGUGUUCCAUGCCGUACCACGUGUGCAGAUGGGUUCUAUAUGACCAAGCAGUGCAGCGCUACUGGGGAUGUUGUAUGCAAACCCUGUACGCAAUGUUCUGGAACAACUUAUGAAGCUGCCAUCUGUACUUCAACACAAGAUACCAUCUGUAUUGAUGUGACGUUUCCCCUGAAGCAGUUCCAGUCAAGAAUUGCUUCACUAAAGGAGUUGGUAGCCCUGAAUGAGAGCCUUUCCAAGAACGUGUUCCUCGAGCGACUGCAGGGUAUACGUCGCAUAGAGGAAUAUGUCCCUGUCAGCAGUAACAUGCAGGCGUUUGGCUUCACAUUUAUCAGGCCAGAGACAGGUCUCUCAAUUGAUAUCAAGCUGACGAGGCAAUACCUGAUCCCGGAAUACGUGGACAUAGACUAUCAGGGUCAAGACGACUUCGAGUUCCUCAAUGAGACGAGAAACAACGAUGACAUCUUGAACAAGGUCAAAAUGAUCAGGAAACAAUACUGCAGGCACCCAUUACCUGACUACUAUGAACUGACAAUGCAGCUUGGGAAAUACCUCUCAUACAUGGCGCGAGAGAUUGUCUGUGACUCCCAGAAUUCCUCACUCUACCCGUGUCCCCCAGGUUAUAACGAUGGGGACAAAUAUGUACUACAGGCUUUCAGUAUGCCGUGUCGUAAGCUCAAUACCAGUAGGGACCAUGUCAAUUUUGGAAACCCUCUGAGCAAGUCCAACACAAUUCUCUGCCCUGGAAAUAGUGAGCUUGCCCGAGAUAUCUUCCAAAAGCUGUAUGACGGCCCGGCAUUUCAUACCUUCCCCAGUGAAGAGUGUAAGCGUUAUGAAGAAACGUGCGGAAGAUGUCUGAUGAACAAAGCAUGCUUUAGAGGUACCAAUGCAACAGACUGCUGUAACCUGGAGUGUCACGGAAGAUCUGAGUGCCAGCUGUACUACAGUGACACGUGUCCACCAGCAAAGAUCGAGUGUGCCACAGGCAAUGUUCUGAAGUUUGGACUGAUGUCGCGGUACCACAACAUUAGGGACAAGUUUGCGUGUCAUCUACAGCAUAAGCCACCAGAGUUCUUGUACGAAUUCUCGUACGAGCCCUUUAUAAGUGGACUCAAUAUUUCGCUAGGAAGGCGGACUAAAAGGGUUGAAUUUAAAAACUUUACUGACCAUAUGGAUGGAUACCUGAGUGAGGCGUUCUUAAGGGUGAACCAUAUAACUGGGCGACAGUAUGACAAUGAGGUCAUCUUAAUUGGGUCAUUCCGUUCCAAUAUGUCUGACUACGUAAAUAACUACAGCCUACACAAGCUGAAAGAUCCGUACGACUUCAUACGAGGCGAUUACAAUAUCUACCAAAACACUAACGGUUGGUUCACAAAGAUACAGUUUGAGCGGCCGUUUUUGUAUUCAACUCAGAAGUGGCAAGCAGAUCGAUGCCAUAAAAAUUUGUCACAGAUAAUUCCAUCCCAGUCCAUCUAUGAUGAAUAUGGGGAAGCAGUGCCGGGUGCACAGAAGAGAAUGGAGCGUUCGUCGUACACAAGUUUUGACUCACCGGCUCACGUAUACGAGGUCUUGUUGAAGGAUACAGAGCCCAGAGUGGCCUUUAGUAUUCCAGAGAACGAGUCAAUACUGUCACACUACAAGGAUAGAUAUGGAGACUCGAAAAUAAGACCGUGGACAUUGCAAGGGGAAGUCACCUGGGAUAUGUACAAACAAUUGUGGAACAUUACAGUCAGAGGCUCGAUUUCUCUAUGCCCUGGAAUAUUCAGCGUGGAGGUAUUUUUGGAGAACAUCCAUUCCCGAUUGGCUGUUUACAAUAUGUUCGUAGACUGUCCACACAACUUCAGCACGACCUUUACACUGCGGUUGCGAACCAUGAAACUAGUCGAUGUUUUUAUCGUAGUCAUGAAUGAUACCUCAACCAGUCACAGACUGGUAUUGUCUUCAAUCCAACAACCCCAAUUAUUUGCACCUGCUGAAAAUGAAGAAAUUUCGAAAGAAAUGACGGAAACUGGACCUUGGUUGAUAUUAUUGGUGAUUUUAGCAGUUUGUCUGACUGUGUCGCUCUUCUUGUUAAUGUUUUAUAUUUACUGUAACAAACAUAAGCCUAAGCCGCUAAUGGCUGACCUACCUGUUCCAAAGCCAGAUCUUGGACCUCAGAUAACGCUGCUGCAACAUAUUGACAAAUUUCAGGAUAAGAGAAUGUCUUGGAGAACUAAAUGUAUUAUGUUCGUGUUGGGUGCUUUAUAUUUGACCUACGCCUUCAUUUUCACAUUUACUGCUUUGUUCGGUGUUUUCCAUAUCAUUCAGGGAUCAAGCAUUAGUGAAGUGUCUGUCGCCACGAAUGUCAGCACACAUAUACAAACAAUUCUGCAAACUAAUCUGGAUAAGAUUAUUGACAAUGAAAAUACUCAAAAGGAUGAUAUGUUAAAGAAUAUAAAAUUAAGACUGACGGCAUGUAAUAACCAUUUGAAGAAGUCAUUGAAUGAAAGUAAGAGCAACGACAUAAACUCUGAACUCUCGAAAACCUUAUCUGAUAUGUUUAAACAUUCGGGAAAAGUGAAUUCAAGACUGAACGAUUUCUUCGCUAAGCAGGAAAAUGUUUAUGGAAGUGAAGUGGACAAGUUUUACAAGGAGUAUAAUAAAACACUGCAUAUAAAUCUCAAUAAACUGCAAAAUACUUAUGCACUGUAUUUGAAAUCUGUGGCGGAAAAUAAGUGGUUUAUUUUUCCGAAGCAGAGAUUUAUGCAACAACAGUUGUUAAGGGGACGUAGACUGACAAAGGUCACGGACGACUUGGCUGGAUUUCUUCAGUGGCUAGAAAUUGAUAAAGUACAAGAGAUCUUCGAAAUUAAGGAAAUCCUAUUUCAGAGAGUUGUUCAGAUGAUGCCAAAAUUGGACUUCUCCAAGCUUCUAAAUGAAUCUGAUGCGGGAGAGGACCAAGCGUCUUUCAACCUUGAAUUAAAUGCAGCAGUCAACAAGUUUCAAUUCACAUACUCUAAACAAGAAAGUAGCUUGAACAAAAUAUACCUGACUAGAGACUUCUAUGAUACUGAAGAUAACUAUGAAAGCGUUGAAAACAAAAACACUUUGACUAAUAUUCGCGGUAUAAUAUAUCCAGUGUUUAUAACUGUGUUUUUGCUAUUAGAUAUGUGUUUAAUAGCAUACAGAUUAUCAUGGAUGACUAAGAGUAUUCACUAUUUUAAGAAUGGAUUAGAAGACAGAGUUCCAUGUAAUUCCAUUACUAGAAAGAUUUAUUUCAUUCUUACGGGAAGAGAUAUUCCGAAACCAGAUACAAACUUUGAUGACCCUUAUGACCAGUUUAAAAUGAUGCAGAAGAAAAAUUUCUGGAAAAAUCGUCAGACUUAUUUUUUGUAUUGCCAGAGUCCACCAAGGAGAAGGGAAGAAAUUUUGAAUGAAAUAAUGGAAAAAGAAAGACUGGAGAACCCUAGGCAAGAAAAUCCAGCAGAUAAAAAGAAUAGUUGUAGAUUAUGUGGAGAAAAAAUACUCAAAACAUUGUACGGAAUGUUUUUAUCUGCAGUAUUUUGGAGAUUAGUUUUAAUGUGUGGAUUUGUGUUAAUUUUAUGUUUGGUUGCUAAGGCAACCAAUGACCUAGUUACAAUGGAGUCGGCCAUGUUUUUAUUGGACACCAAUGCGAUGGUGCCAAUUCUAGAACGCCAGUAUGACAUCAGCAGUGAUGUCGUAAGCCAAUAUGGAGCCUACCUCAAUGAUUUUCUGACGGGGUACAAGCGCCACCUAGACGGGGAAGUUCAGCUGAUUAACAACAUCCUCAUCAGUGUCGCUGAGAGACAGAAACUGCUGUUGAAUACUGUGAUCUCUGAUAUGUGCAAUCUGGCGGGAGGUGAGGAGUGUUACAAGGGCGUGGAUUUAGUCACAAUCGCCCUAACCUCGUGUAACUUUCUCCCCCUACACACAAACUUAAAUACAGGUUUAAAAAGCUCUCUGUUCCUGGAAGCUGUUCAGCACGAGUUGUCCCCCUUGGUUACAAACAUUAGAAGCAUACUGUUCGGAACGAUUUAUCUUCUCCUGACAUGUGCUUGCAUGAUGAUUGUCUGUCAGAUAGCUGCAAGGGUUAUAUACGUGUAUCUAAGGAACUCAGACCAUUUAAAACUGAUCAAAAUAUAUCAGCUACCUGGACAGUGUAGCGAAUUGCAAGAUAUGCCACACUUUUCGAACGAGAAUGAAAAAUAUGAAAACCAGUCGGUUAUAGCAGAAAGCUUUGAAAGCGGUGUUUGUGAUAUGAAUAAUUGACUAAGAAUGUGCGCAUGCCGAAGAUGAAGUGAAAGUUGAAAUGUUUGAUUGGUGCAGAACCGUUUUAGUCCAAACCUGUUUGUGUUCGAUUUUUGAGAAAUUUUAAUAAUUGUUGUUACUUGAUGGAAUUUGUUUGAAAAUAUCGCUGUUUUGAAGUAAAAAAAUUAAAUAUAGUAUUUCAUAUGUAUAUAUGUAUUUGGAACAUGCACUUUUUGAAGUUAACCUUUGAAAAAUUCACUUUUAUUCCUUACCAUGAUAAAAAUUACAUAUUUUAAGUAAAUAUUACUUUUCUGACAUUUGUACUAUUUUUCUCAGUUUUUUCUUUAUUACAUAAUAACGGAACAAUUGUCCUAAUGGAAACAGCAUCCAGAUCCAUCCCAGAAAUGAGUUAUUUUAGUGUUGUUUUGUUCCAAGAGAGCAAUAUUGUAACAUGUUGUUAUAAACUGAUUAUAUCGGUGUAUAUAUCCCAUUUAAUGAUCAAGAGAAUAUUUAGUUAUAUUUCAUGGAUGGCAUAGCCGCAAGUUACUGUUAGUGUUAAUGAGGUGAAAUAUAUUGUGAUAUUACACUGACACAAACAAUUUUUUAUUGUAUUAUAUGUUUAAAAAAGGAUUUUAAAUGAGUUAAUUGUAGUUUUUCUGAAAAGCGUGCCAAAUUGUAUGGCACGUAAUGUCAUUUCAGAAGUGAAGUUGUGGAAUUUGUGUCCAGGCCCUGUGGGCGCUGACAUUUGAUUUGGAAUUUAAAGCGGGCUAUAAUAAUAAAAAAAAGUGAAAAGUAUCAAAAUGUUAUUUCACUGUUUGAAAUAUUGAAAUAUCAUUUUUAUUUCACUGAUAGAGCUCUAUAAACCACCAGAAAGCAUAUACCGAUAGUAAAAAGUGGUAUUUACUGUGACAAAGUUGAUGUGAAUAUCAAUUUUUGUUGUCAAUAGAAUGGGAUAUAAACUGAUAUCACAAGUCUGUUACUGUUGCUUUUAGUAGUAAUCUCCCUUGAUUAACCUUUGGCUGUACAAAAAGUCAUGAAUAAAGUCCAAAAAAUUUAUUUUAUAAAAAUAUGUCACUGUGGUUAAUUUUAUUUCCAGUCGCUUAUUUAAUCAUACCAUACAAAAAAAGUCAUGGAAUACAUUCACAUUCUGUAACAUGCAUGCAUGGCCCAUGUUUGCAAAUUCACAAUUUUGAUGCAGAAAAUAAUACUCUGAACACAACUUUAAGUUAAAAAUAUAACAAUUGAUGUUAAUAAUUGUGAUUUUUCAUUUUUUUACUUUUUCAAAAUGUGGGAGAAAUUUCCAACAAAAAUUGUUGGGCUGAUUUCCCAAUUGGAAAAUCGAAAUGUCAAUGGGAAGGCCUUUUUACCAUUGGAUUUUCACUGCAAAAGUUUACUUUUAAUAUAAAAUUAUCAUAUUUCUAAAUAAAAUAUGAGGAAUCAAAAAUAUGUUUUAUUUGUAUAACAGAACAUAUUCCAAUGAUACAAAAAUAUGAAACAUCAGUUGGAAAUCAAAGAAAAUAAGUUUGCCAAAAUUCCGGAUUUGCAAACUUAAUCCGGAUGCUGUUCAACAUACUUUCAAAUUGCCCCUCCUGUCCAAGAUGCUACCAUUGGCGGCCAUAACCACAUUCUGUGAUGGCUCUAGUUUCUACUGACUCAUGCUUUAAUUACAAGUGUAUAUUAUAGCAUUUGUAUAUCUAUUCUUUAAUUGCAGUUACUGUAAUUUAGCUUUAUGAUUUUAUACUUUACAAAUUUGAAAUAAUUCACACAUAUUGCAUAUUUCAAUGUAUUAUGCAUGUUAAUUAUCAGUUGUUCACAACAAAUACAGUGUUUCAUGUUGUAUGUACUAGUGACUGUUUCAAUAAAAUUUAAACUAC